GCCUCUCUAACCGGAAUGAGCUCAUUCGCGGAAGAGAGCCACAGACAUCAGGCACACCACACCCAAGACCGCCAUGCAGAAGUUUUAAUUCGGAAAAGUCCAGAAUCUUUCAGGAACAGGGAGAGACGGCGGGUCUCGGGUGAGCGGCGCGCUGGGCCACGCGGGCGGGACAGACAGGUCUGGAUCUGCGCCGGGGAGGGGGUGUGGGGAAGGGGUUGGGGGUGGAGACCGGCCGGCCGGGAGCCGGGCUCGGGAGUCGGGCGGCGCCGCGCUGGGCGGGACGGACAAGUCCGGAUCUGCGCCCGAGGGGCGGAGGCGGAGGCGGGCCCGGAGAGGUGGGAGCCGGACCCCGAGCCCGCGCCCGCCUUCCGAAGCUCACAGCCCGCCGCUGCCGCCGCCGCCCAGCCACAGCGCCCGCGACCGCUCCGCGCAGACAUGGCAAAAAUGUCCAGCCCUACUGAGACUGAGCGGUGCAUCGAGUCUCUGAUUGCUGUUUUCCAGAGGUAUGCUGGAAAGGAUGGUAAUAGCUGCAAACUCUCCAAGACAGAGUUCCUAACCUUCAUGAAUACAGAGCUGGCUGCCUUCACAAAGCCAGGGACCUGCACGGCAGAGGUGGAGCCCCCAGGCCUCAAGUGAGCUCUGAGUAACCAUUCAAGGACCUUUCCUUCUUUUCUUUGAACACGGUGUGUUUUAAAGAUCAAAGUUCUCAAACUACAUGACCCAGGGAAUGUUGAUUUGUUUCUUUCAUUUAGGGAAGGAGCAUAUGCAACGGUAAGUGGUGUAAAAGGAUAGUUUUCAAAUUUGAUUUCUCCAUCCCAAAGCUUCUAGGGAAGCCCUGUCCCAUAGAACUUUCUGUGAUGUUGGAAAUAAUGUUUUGUAUCUAUCAGCACAGUCCAGUGUGGUAGCCACCAGACACAGGUGCCACUCAAGGACAGAUUUCUAAGUCCCUAAUUUAAACAGCCAGUGUAACUAGUGGCUGUAAGUGUGUAUAUGUGUGGGGAGCUCAGAGGAGUAGAAGAUGAGGCAGAUCAGGGCCUGCGUCUUCUUUCCACUUCAAAUCACUUCACUUCUGUGCAGUUUGUACACUGGAGUAAGCAGGUGACAUUUGAAAAAGUGUGCCACUACUUUUAUACCACUGAAUAACCCCUGUCACAGAGGAACCCGGGAAUGGGAGCCAGAAAACUUGGGUUCCAGGCACAGGUCUUCCCCUUAGGCGAGUCACUUCCCUGUUUGAGUCUGUCACUGUGUCUGGGAAGUGGGAGUGUUACUAACCCCUAGCCUGUACCUCACACUCUUGUGAGAAUGAGAUGUGGCAACAUAACUGAAAGUAUCUUAGAAAGUACAAGGUCAGAUACCAUUAAUAGUAUCAUUAUUAUGGUUAUUAUUACCU